AUGGCUGGCUGCGCCAGCCGCUGCAGACAGGGGGUGCUUAAAUUAAUCCAGUCUCUGCAGAGAUUGGUCUCAGGAACCCUCACUAAAGAUAAAACAGAUGAUGAGCUGGAAAUGACGACGGUGUGUCACAGGCCAGAAGGUCUUGAUCAACUGGAGGCCAUCACCAACUUCAGCAAAUCAGAGCUGCAGAUCCUCUACCGUGGUUUCAAGAAUGAAUGUCCAAGCGGAGUGGUAAACGAGGAGACAUUUAAACACAUCUACGCACAGUUUUUUCCUCAUGGAGAUGCAAGCAUGUAUGCACAUUAUCUAUUCAAUGCAUUUGACACCACAAACAAUGGCUCCAUUAAGUUUAAGGAUUUUGUAGUGGGGUUGUCUAUACUGCUGCGGGGAACACUGAGGGAAAAGCUGGAGUGGACGUUUCACCUUUAUGACAUUAACAGAGACGGCUACAUAAACAGAGAGGAAAUGACUGAGAUUGUGAGAGCCAUUUAUGACAUGAUGGGCAAGUACACCUACCCUGCACUAAAAGGAGACGUCUCACAGCAGCAUGUGGAUGCCUUUUUUCAGAAAAUGGAUAAAAACAAAGAUGGAGUGGUUACUUUAGAGGAGUUUGUUAUAGCCUGCCAGGAGGAUGAAAACAUGAUGAGAUCCAUGCAGCUGUUCGAGAACGUGAUGUAG